AACUAUAUCAUUACCAAGGCUAGAACUUUGCGGAGCAGUUCUUCUGGCGAAUCUCGUGGAUGCAACACUACCCCAAUUAAGUAUAACCCAAUACCGUACUCACCUUUGGACGGAUUCCACAAUUGUUCUUUCAUGGCUUAGCAAACCCCCAUGUACAUGGACAACCUUUGUAUCCCACCGAAUUGCCACAAUCGCAGAAAAGGUUGGAACCAAAAAUUGGACUCACGUCGAAAGUCAAGACAACCCAGCAGAUCUAGCUACUCGCGGAAGCACACCUCUGGAAAUGGUUAAUAAUAACCUCUGGUGGCACGGACCCCAAUGGCUAACACUCGACCCAAUACACUGGCCAGUUACCAAAAAAUCAAGCGAUACAACACUGGAACUCCGGCCAAUCAAGACCUUCGUGAACACAACACAAGAGGAUAUCCUGGAUAGAUUCUCGUCCUUACCCAAAGCCAUUCGAGUUGUAGCAUAUUUGUUACGAUUCUGUUCGAAUGCGUCACCCAAUAAAACACAACAGUCAUACACGACGUUGGAAAUAACUCCAGAGGAGUUCAACACUACCCGCACGAAGCUAAUUAUUUUAUCCCAAAAGAAGUAUUUCCAAGAAGAGUAUGAAGCCUUAACCCAGAAAACCAGCAUACCCAAAAAAAGUACAAUUUUGACACUAAACCCUUUAAUCGAUCCCAAAGGAAUAAUGCGAGUUAAUGGUCGGUUGAGCAAUUCAGCGGCAUUAUCAUACAACGAACGUUAUCCGAUUAUAUUACCCUAUAGCAGUCGAUUAGCCAAACUACUCACCCAAUUUACCCAUCUAAUAACCCUUCAUGGCGGCAACCAGCUAGUCUUACGACUUAUGCGUUCGGAAUUCUGGAUACCGAAGCUGAAAACCCUCAUCAAGUCUACCAUUCAUCAGUGCAAAACUUGCGUUUUGCACAAAAAGCGUAACACUACUCAGAUUAUGGCAGCACUACCCGCAGAACGUACCACCUUAACCCGUCCAUUCGCAGCAACAGGAAUCGAUUUCGCCGGUCCCUAUGACAUAAAAAAUUACACCGGCAGAGCAUGUCUGAUCACAAAAGGUUAUGUAUGCGUAUUUGUUUGUUUUGCAACCAAAGCAAUACAUCUAGAGCCAGUAAGUGAUCUCACCACCAACGCAUUCAUGGCCGCAUUCGCACGUUUCUUUUCCAGGCGCGGAUGUCCCGCCGAUCUCUAUUCGGACAAUGGAACUAAUUUCGUUGGAGCGUCUAAACUUUUAAUCAAAGAUCGGCGAGAAUUCAUGAAAUCAUUAAAAAUUUAAGUAACAACUAGUGAAGCACACCAAAACAUCAACUGGCACUUUAAUCCUCCAGGAGCUCCACACAUGGGUGGACUCUGGGAAGCAGGAGUGAAAAGUUUAAAGAGCCACUUGAAAAAGGUGUCUCAGAACCAGAAAUUCACUUUCGAAGAACUAGCAACCCUUUUAACCCGAAUCGAAAGUUGCUUGAAUUCUCGCCCUUUAAGCCCAUUAAGUGAAGACCCAACAAAUUUAGAACCUUUAACUCCAGGUCAUUUCUUAAUAGGUACCCCUUUAUUAAUCCCAGCAGAACCCAACUUAGAAGAUGCACAUCUAAGCAUCGCACAAAGAUGGCAGAAACUGAAGAUACUCCAUCAACACUUCUGCAAACGAUGGAAAGAAGAAUAUUUGAAAGAACUCCACAAAAGAUAUAAGUGGAAAUACCCUCAACGCAACAUAGACGUUAACGAUAUGGUAGUUAUACGUCAAGAAACUCUACCCCCAAAUGAGUGGAGACUUGGUCGCAUCGAAAAAACGUAUCUCGGUGCAGACAAUAAAGCAAGAUGACAUGGCCCCUCAAAGCAGUACGAAGUCAAUUUGCAGCCGCCAAAGCAGCCCCACAUUCACUGUGCGAUCACUCAGCGUGACCCGUGGCAUCAGCCCACUCUCCGACGAAGGAACCCUGGCAAGACGCCUUCAUCGCUUCAAAGCGACCUUUUCCCCCAUUCGAGAGGAGCGAGGAAAUACGCAUCGCACGACCCGCGGUACUACAAGCCGUUCCUCUAUCAGAGAAGAACGAGGAAGUACCCAUCGCACAGCCCGGCGUACUAUCAGCCGUUCAUCAAAGCGAACACACAAACACGUCGCCUGUGGAUU